UCAUUUUCAUUUUCAAUUUGGUUUUUAGCAACGGACUCACAAUUAUAGGAGUGCACGUUUGCACAGUUGUUUGCUAGGUUUAAGAGGUGUUCUCUACGUUUGAAAAAAUGUAUAUCUACGAAGGAUGUACAGAAUUGAUAAAAAAAUACAAAAUUCAAUAAAUUAAAGUGUAUAUUCUUUGUAAAAAACAAAAUGGUUGCUUAAUAUUUGUAAAUAUGUGCUAAAGUUUAUUGUGAAGUGUUUUUAAUGGUGCCACCAGUAGAAUUUCUCAGAUAUAUAAGUAAAAGAAAGCGAAAGCCAACACAGCAUCCUUUUUAUUUUUACCCCUUGCUUAUGCUUCAUCUUUCCUUUUACUCGUUAUUCUUUUAUGUGCGCGUUAUUCGUGAACUGCUCCACCCUCGACGUCCUUGUAAAGAGAGUAGUUCUGUGAAUUAUCUGGCUAAAUAAUGUAUAAAAAGUGAUACAAAAGAAGCGGGAAGUGUUGUUUGUGUUUAAUGGGGGUGUGGAAUAAAAAAAAAUUAUAAAAAUACAACAAAAUAAGUGCGGCUAAAAUAGCAAACGGCAAAAGGCAGCGCAUUCAAAGCCAACUUGUGCAAGCAAGAAAUUAAAAGCAAAACUUGCAGAAAAACAAGUCGCGUCAUUGAGUCGCCAACGCUGCGCUAUUCCAGCUCCGUAAUGUGCUUCCGUCUUAUGUGUGUGAACAUAUGUGCAUCGUUGCAACUUUAAGGAGCUGUGCAUUCGGCCACCGGCGUCACAAAGUCGUUUUUACUUAUUACCAUCAUUAUUGGAUUUGCAACCUUUUGACACAAUUGCCUAUUUAACACUUUUAAUUGGGAGAUAAAUACCGUAAAAUCAUUCAACAUUAUUGGCAGCAAAAUCUUUAUAUUAAAUAACAAGUGCCGAAAAGUGCGUGUGUACCUAAAAUGUUUCUUAAACGAAUUUAGAUUCGCAAUAUAUAUACGCCGCUUCCCUGUUGAAUUAGCGCUAUUUGAAGUCAGUUUAAAGUAGAUAUUACACUUACAAGUACAUACGUUGUUGUUGCAAUUGAAAACGAAAGCUGCAGUUGAUCUCCUUAAAGAUAUCCCUUCAACAAUUCGGAAGACAAUUGCAUCAAUACUUAACGGGUGACUUUGGAAAAUGAACCAGCACCUUUAAACUCAAAUAAGCAUCACAUUUCCAAUGCGAACAACGGCGCUGAGCUAAAAUUCAACAAAAGUCACAAAAAAGUUAGAGAAUACUCCCAAGACAACGUCUCCAUUAUUUGAGACGCGACGAAAUUUAUGCCCGGAGUAGGUGCCGGGCAGUGCUGGACAUGUUGGAACGUCGUCCCUUAUGGGGAUUAAUAGUAUUGUUGAAUGUCUGCGUUGUGAUAUGGCGAAUGCAGGAACCGGCUAUGCUAAAUGUCGAAUACGACGGCAGUGGUGCGGGGAAUGUGAACCUACAGCAAAACCCCGACUUCGACGAUUACGUGCCGCCGUUACGCCAACAACGCCAGCAACCACAAGUCGGACAAUGGCCAUCAGUCUGGCGCAGCGGUGUCGCGGUGCGCAAUGUCAUAGCACAACAACAGCUAUACGCCGGUAAGCAUUUACUAGCCGAUAGCGCCGAGGCGAAUGAAAUCGCUGCCAAAGUAACGCGAAAAGCGGACGAUAGUCUUCACAUUAGCGGCCACAGUAGUAGUAGUAGCAUUACCAGUACCAGUAGUAAUACACAUAGGUCUAGUACUAGCCAUAAGAAUAAGAGUCAACACAUAUUUAAUGAGCACACGACGAGUCUACGAAGUGUCAGCUCAGUAAAAAGUACGCCCUCACCGUUAGUCACAGCGGCAACACUGAAGAACACUGCAGAGGUGCAAACAACAACGAUAGGAAAUGCGAGAGGUUAUAGCUUUCCACCGGUUGACUUCCAUCAAUUAAUCGAUCUGCAUGACUUUACGUACCUUAUAAACCAGAAAAGUUGUAGUCAGGAUGUGCAAGCACUAAUUUUAGUACAUUCGGCGCCAGCUAAUGAAGAGAAGCGACGUCUUAUACGUGAGACGUGGGCCAAUACUGAUCAAUUGCCGUCCGUGAAUGGUGUUAUGCCAUUGCGAGUAAUCUUUUUGAUCGGUAUCGUUGAGACCGAAGCGCUGCAGUUGGAUAUAGAACGUGAGAAUUUCGAAAACGGCGAUAUUGUGCAGGGUUCCUUUGUGGAUAGCUACCGCAAUAUGACCUAUAAGCAUGUGAUGGCUUUCAAAUGGUUUCUAUAUAAUUGUGCGCAAGCGCAAAUUCUCAUCAAAGUCGAUGACGACGUCUACGUGAAUACACCACAACUUCUCAUCUACCUGGACCGCGCUGCUGUCAACGGUGAUCUGGAAAAUGUUAGAGAGAAUACACCUAUUGUCGUCGCCGACGCUGCCGCUGCCGCUGCCGCUAGGGAUGCUCAAGCCAGUGCUGCCAUAUCUCUACAACAUACCGCCGAUAAUGAUAGAAAAGCUUUUGAGAAUAAUACUAUUGUAGACACUAGUAGUAGUAGCGGUAGUAUCACGAGUAGCAGUAAUAAUGUACGAAACUCCGCCGAUGCCAAUGCUGCGCACACACACACAAAUAUCACACAAUUCAAUGCCGCACAAAUGAUAUUCCGCCAUCCACGCGAUUUGCUUUUCUGCAAAACCAACAUCAACGCUAUGGUCAAACGCAGCUACCGCUCGAAAUGGCGCGUCACAGUGCGCGAGUUCCCCGGCAAAUACUAUCCGCCAUACUGUCCCGGCUAUGCCAUUAUCUAUUCGCCCGACGUGGUGCUAGCCUUAUAUAAUGCUGCACAGGUGUCGACCUACUUUUGGAUCGAUGACGUCCACAUAACGGGUGUUUUGGCGCAGAAUCUAAGCAUCGCCAUCAAAAACGCCGACCAAUACAUACUCUACGAAACUGAUUGUGACAAUUUGCUCAAUGACACCGUGAAUAGUGAUGAAGUGGAGUUCUUGUACGCCUGGCAUUUGAUCAAUCCCCAGCAGGUGCAAAGGCUUUGGGAGAUGUAUCUGGCCAAAGCCCACAGACACUUCUCGGCUGCUCCAACAUCCACAUUUGCAGCGCUGCAUGCCGCCGCCAAGCAGCAGACAUCACCUCACCCGACUGACUACAAUAAAUUUAAGAGCUACAGAUAGUAACAUUAACUAGUGCAUAUAAAUUUACACACACAUACAAGCACAUUUGUCAUAGUACAUAUAAGUUCUUAACUCUUUUUUCUUUUUUAUCUGUGUAAAACUGUUACUAUUAAAGUAAAUCACUUGUGUAUAUUCCAAUGUGUAAAUUAUAGCGAAGUAAACAUAAUAAAUCAUGUAAAAAGCAAAUAUUCAGUAAAAUAUUUAUCUUAUACGAGUAUAAUAUAUAUUAGUGACCAUUCUGCACAAAUUUCAUAUCAUAUAGUGCAAAUGUUGAACAUCAAAACUUUAGAUUAAAAUUAUAUACACAUAUACAUAUAUGUGAAAUGGAUACAGCUGUGCAAACGAAGACAAUUCGCCUAAGAAGUACAUAUUUUGCGAUCGAAAUUGUAGAGCGAGUUUUGACCAAAGUUUUCAAAGCGCGCAUAAAAAAGUUAUUAAAUGAAAUUAGUUGAGUUGUUUUUACUAGGCAUACAUUAUUUAAAGUUUAUUUUUAAAUAAAUGUGUUUAUGGUAGCAUUAGUAAAAUUAUAAUAGUUUAAUUUUUUUAAUAAUAAUUUUGAAGUUUUGAUUGAAAAUUAUGCUCCAUUAAAAGACAGAAUUCUUUCGAAAGUGUCUCAUGGCCACUUAACUAUAAUUAUAUCUAUAGUUUAUACGAAUAUAAUGUCUGAAACCUUUAGCUUAGCUUUGUUCGCGCUUACCGAGCUGGUGUGUUAAUUAGAAAGUAAAAGUAUGUGAUUUUGCAAUUGUCAGAAAUGGUUCGAAAACGCAAAAAAUCCAAUAUCGUGUAUGUUUUUUAUGGUGAUUGGACUAGUGCUUGUAUCUUUUUAUCGAUAUUUUAUUUUUCGUUUUUUCGUUUCUUUUUUUUAAGUUUUUAUUUUGGUGUUAAAAAUUCGCUUUCGAAUAUAAAUUGAUAACAACUACAAUUUUUGGCAUCUUAUCAAUGUUUUUUUUCUUAACUUUAUGUUUAAAGUGCAAUUUGCAAAGCAAAAAAAAUUCCUUUGAUUUCAAAUUAGUGCUGACUUAAAAAAUUAUUCCUGACUUAAAAAAUUAUUCCUUAUCGAAAUAUGAAAAAAUUCAGAUUAGAUUUCGAUAAUUUAUACCCUUUAAAAUAAUAAAAUUUCAAAACAAUAUUUCAAAUAGUUUUUGAGUUACAUCCAUUUAAACGGCCGCUCAGUUCAAUCCAGCCCGCCAGAUUAUUUUUAAACGCGUUUUUCUCCGAACAACAUUUUUCGAAUUUGUUGCAGUGAUAAUUUGAAGACAAAUUAAUUGAUCGUCAUGCAAUAUUUUCCGGCCUGUUCUGUAUAAUUCUACAUACAAUAACUUUUUUGAUCUGAUAAAAAAUCGAAUUUUGGAAGACCAAAAUUUGUUGUAAAAUUCAAUUUGUUUUUUAAAAGUAGCCAAAGUAGUAAUUUAUCUCUCAAAUAAAAGUAAAUAUGGCAUUCAUACACUUACGCUAAAAAAAUUUAAAUUCAAAUUAUAUUAUAACUAUUCUUGGAUAACCACUCUCUUAACAUAUUUCUUAAUAUUUCAAGUCAAAUCGAGUGAAAUGUGUAUAACAUGUCGUUUCAUAAACUUGUUGCUAUCGUUCAACUCCACAAAAAUUUCAUGAGUAGUUUAAAUCGUUAUACACAUUAACUUAUGUCCAUUCAUAGAGUCUCUUCCAAACAUAAAUAGUCAAUAAUUUGGCGUAUUGAAAUGAAUAUCAUUUUUAUUAUUGAAAAGUAGACGGCUAUGCAUAGCUAAAAAGCAAUUUCACAGACGGUCGAGAAAAGGCACUAGCAGUUUUGAAAUACAUAUACAUACAUAUAUGUUCGGUUUCGCAAAUAAUAUCGCUCGAAAACAUAUCAAACUAGAUAUAUAUUUGAUUAAUGUUAUAGAUUUUUGUAAUUCGACAAUUUAAAAUGCACCCAUAAAAUUCUCAGUGUCUCACUAUGGCACGGUAUAUGUUCAUCUUUCAAUUAUAAAAAUGUUGAAAAAAAAUACACUCGAAGACCCUCCACCAAUGAAGCCAAGAAAGCAAGGAGUAUGCCAGAAUGAACGCUUUGCUUUCAGUGUUCCUGUCUAAUAAAAAUGGUGACGGUUGAUAGGCAAAGCGUAAAAAUAUGAGAGAUACCCAACAUUUUGCUUCGCUUUGCCUCGAUGUGAACGAACGCAUACAAAAGUAUGCAUCGAACUUAUCGGUCAAAUGUCUGAGCGAAAGCAAAGCGAAACAAAAAUUUUAAGUGACUCGGCUUUUAAACUCCUUCCAAAAAACAAAAAAAAAAUGAUAUUAACAUAAUACCGUUAUGAUAUUUUGAUAUACAUACAUCAAAGCUUGCUGACAAUGCAGCGCAAAUUUUGGUGUUUUUGAGUAAUGGCAUUCUUGUGUCGCGCAAGCGAUAUGCACAUACUUUUCAUUAACUUGAGUUUUACUCAUUUGACUUACGUUUUACUUGCACCUACGUUACUAUGUUUUAUUAUUUAUAAAAAUGUUUUCUAUUUGCAUAGUCGUGGUUUUAAGUGAAAGAGUAUAAAGAGAGAUACAGUUGAACUGAUGCAACUCAUAUGUACCAAAAUAAUCUUAGAUUUCUUAUAUCAUAAACAUAUACAUACAUACAUAAAGAAAUUGGCGCAAGCAUUGAAAGUCUUAUAGAAUAAGUCGCGUACAAAAAACUGAAAUUAAUAUUUAAGAUUGAAGUUUGCACAAUAGCCUGACAUACAUAAAUACAUACAUAUUAAAAAAAAGAUAAUUAAAUAAGGAAACGAAAUUUGCGAACCUUGUAAUGAAUCCAGAUGUACAAGUAUGAAAAAAUUAAGAUACAUAGUAUAUUUAUACAAAAGAGAGUAACUAAAAAUCAAAGUCUAUUCAAAUUCUAAUUUUGGAUUGGAUAUGAAAAUGGUCCAAGUGAGUAAAUAAAUAAAUAAAUUAAACAUGUACAUAACAUAUAUGCAUAUAAUUGAAAUAUUGUAGAUUGUUUGUAAAAUUCCAAUAUUCUAUUGCAUAAUAAAAAUAAUAGUAAUAUAUAUGUAUAUAUAUAUAUAUACGCGCAUAUGUAUGUGGCUGAGAGAGGUGGAAAUUAUGUAACUAGGAUGUAAAAAAUGAGUGUGACUCUAAUUAUUAAUGUUUAAUUUAUGUGUGUAGUUAAACCUUGGAGCCAAUUUUUCAUAAAAAUAUACACAUACAUAUAUAAAAAAAUUCCUUUAAUUUAAUUAUUGUAGACAUCUAAAACAGAACAGGUGUUUUGUUUUUCUUUUGUAAAAGAAAGAGCGCAUGUGAACUGAUAUAUAAACAUGCAUGUAUUGUAUGUUAGUACUUGUAUUUUGUUUUUAUUUGUGUAUUUUUUUCAUUCAUGAAAGUUACGGAAAAACAUUUGACGUGACGUGAUACGGUUGCGACUCCCAUACCAAGAAAAUGAUAACGAAAAUCGAAGCACCUUUUCAGGUAUAUACGAUAAGAAAUGAAUGUAAAUGAAUAGAAAUAUUUACAGCUAUGCUUGUGCGCAUUGUAUGGUAGAAUUAUGCAAAAGUAUUAAAAAAAAAAAAAAAAUUUUGUAUGAAGUUGUAGGUUAUAUAAGAACUUUACUAUCUCAGUUACGUUAUUUUUUAAUUUUUUAUAUAUAAAAAUAGAAAUAUUUCACUAGUUUUGAGAAUUGAUCGAAUAAAAGUUCAAUUGAAAAGAUUAUAUAUACAUGAAUAAAAGAAUAAAGAUGUA